AGUGUCCGACGUCCUACCAUGCCUGGACUGUAACUCACUUUGGAUCGCCGGUCUGUUUUCUUGUGCUUCUGAGUCAUGGCUCCAUUUGGAAAAAACUUCCUUAAAGCCCGAAUGAAAAACAGGACAAAAGAUGCAGAGCCUGUGGUAGGAAAGGAGAUCCAAGUUACUGUCUGCAAUGAAGAGAAGGUUGUCUGUGGAGUAACAAAGCAUACGACAUGUGCAGAUAUGAUUCAGGCAUUACUGGAUGAUCACAAGUCAGUCCCAGAGAGCAAGCGGCUACUGGAUGGAGAACCCAAAGACUUCUGUCUCGUUGAACGGUGGAAGGGUUUCGAGAGAGCUUUGCCACCUCUUACCAGAAUACUGAGACUCUGGUAUGCUUGGGGUGAUCAGAGGCCCUUCAUACAGUUUAUUCUAGUUAAAACCAGUGAUUUCGUGCCUCAGCCUGCUAAGAAAGGUGGAAAGUCCAAAGGGGCCAAGCUGAAGCGAUGUGAGCACGGUCGUGCUCAGUAUUCCCAGUCUCUGCCAGCGGAAAAGCAAAAGCGCAUGGUAAAAAAAGCUUUCCGAAAACUGGAGAAACUUCAUAUGGAGAGCAAAAGCUCCCUAGGUGCAGAGGAGAUCGACCAGAUGGUGCAACUUAUUCUCAACCAGGACCACACAAUUAGAGAGCAGAUCCAGCGGAUAAGGGAGCUAGAUUCAGAGAUUGAGCGGAUUGAGCUGCAAGUCCAGCAAGAAACCAAGUCGGAGACUUCCUUGGCUCAGGCCUGCAGUCCAAAUUCCGAGGCACACAUUGAGGAGCAGCUGCAAGAAUACUUGUACACCAGCGAUGGGGUUGUACAACUGGACAUGGAGGUUCAGAGGCACCAGGAACUCAUCCUCCAGUUGUCCCAUGAAAUUGACGCUGAGCUUAGGAAGGCCAGCCUCGCUCUUGCUCAAGAUGAAGACCAGGAAGGAAUGGCCACUGGUUCCUGGAUCCCCGCUGACACAGACGAAGCAUUUUAUACUGCUGAAAUCGAGAGGCUGCGGGGCGAACUGAAUCACAGCCUCUUCACCGGUGUUUCCAUUCACAACCAAGCUGCUGAAAUAGACAAGCAGAUAAAGUACUUUGACAAUACACUGGUUUCUAAGGAUCAAGAGUGCUGGCAGCUAGCCGCCCAGCUGAGCUCAUUGCAAAUCACGGACAGCACAGAGGAGGAGCAGCCCAUAACAGUCCAAGGGAAAAGUGAGACCCAGUGCGGCAUUUCUCAGACAGUGAAACUCAAACACACCCUGUCCCCUCUAGACAUUACAGACACAGACUCAGACACUGGGAUUAGCUCCACACACAGUCAGGACUCUCUGUCACCGUGUCUCGAUUUCCCUCCCCCGCUGGACACAGACGUUUGAAGAACCCGGUUCACUCAGCAAUGUGUUCUUCUUCAGUCACCAGCUGCAGUUUUUUACUCCUCACAUGUGCUCUUUGUUUCAUGCUCUGUGCUUGCAAAAUUAGCAAAAAGACACAUUUUCUGCAAUUUUUAGUGUCUCCGGAACUUUGUUGCAUCGUCAUCACACCAUGCCAAAAAGAAGAAUGUAAGAAAUGUCAACUUGGGUUCCAACAAAUUAAUACAACAGUACUGUGGUUGAUUCUUAAGCGUGUUCACAGAAAAUUGGUCAAAAAUGUUUUUGCAAAGAGUUUGCAAGAUGCAAAACAUAUCCUUGUUUAAUAUGAAUAAUUUUCUCAGGUAUCAAAGUAACAGAUGGUUAGGUAUCAGUGUAACAUGAAAUAAUACAUGCAAGACACUAACUGAGGCUGUGCGUGCGCUACUUAUAAUCCUACAUUAUUGAUAGAAGGUUUUCCCAUUUUUAAUUGCCAACAGAGAUGCAAAGACCAAUUUUUAGAUGUUUAGAUUUGUCACUUUAGAUGAUAGUAAAUAAGCUUUUUGCUUUUUGUAAAGUCCUCAAGCUAUUUAUUAAGUUGCACUUCUUACACACUUAAGGCUAUUAACAAUGUUUUAUAUUAAAACAAAAAGAUAAUAGUUUUGAUGUAGUAUUUGUAAAAGAAAAAUAUACUUUAAACACUGUUCUUGACUAUUCUGUAAAUACAAACCUAGUUCGCCCGAUUUCAAAUGGUAAUUGCCCCUUCUUGAUAUAUCAUUAUUUAACUGUGAUUAGAUGACAUCUUUCCGUCUAGAAAGGGCUACAAAGUCAUUUCUAAGGCUUUCAUGAUUCAACACUAAGAAAGAGAAUAGAUAAAAAUGGCAUCCAUUGCAGAGUUCCAAGGUGAAAAUCACUGCUGACCAAAAAGAACCCAAAACCUUGUGUCACAUCUAACAAAAACAACUUGAUUCCCGAAUAUUCUGUGGAUUGAUUAGACAAAAGCAGAACUUUCUGAAAGGUUUGCAUCCUGUUACACCUGACGUAAAAGGUAGCACAGCAUUUCAUAAGGAAAACAUCAUACCAACAGUCAAACGCAGUGGUGGUAGUGUGAUGGUCUAGGGCUGCUUUCCUGCAUCAAGGCUUUGGCAACUCUUUACCAAACAGACUCUAUCCUGGCAGACGGCAUCAUCUGGAACUCAAGUGCACUGAGGUUAUGCAGCAGGACAAUGAUCCAAAGUACGCCACUGAAUGGCUUAAAUACACACAAUGAGCAAUGAGCUCACAAGGAGUCCAAACUGAAAUCUAAUUGAGAUGUUUUGGCAUAACAUCUCAAUUAGUUCAUGCUCAAAAAUAUUCCAGUGGGGCUUAAUUAAAACAAUUCUGCAAAGAAGAGUAGAACAAAGUUCCUCCACAGUGAUGUGAAGGACUCAUUGCCAGUUAUUGCUAAUGUGUAAUUGCAGUCCAUGCUGCUAAGAUUGGCACAACCUGUUAUUGGGUUUAGGGGCUUCGUUUUUGACACAAGACCUUGUUGCAUUUAGUUAUUUUACCUUAAUAGAUAAAAUCAUCAUUUAAAAAGUGGAUUUUGUAUUUACCCGGGUUAUCUUUGUCUAAUGUUUAAAACAGUGUGACAAAUAUGCAGAAAUAUAAGAUAUCAGGAAGGAGGCAAAUAUUUUUUCGCAGCACCUUAUGCUUCUGCAAGUAAUAUAAGUAAUUACUGAGAAAGGCACAAUUGUAAAAGAAAAGCUUAUUUAUUUACUGUAGUUACCAAACUACCAGUUACCAGAAUUUUGGGACAUUGUGUAAAAUUCAAGUAAAAAUAAAAUGCAAUGGGUUCAUGAGAUCUGCAAAUCUUGUAAACCCAUUUUGCUCGUAAACAUUUCAAACAUUUUAAUAUUUCAUGAAAAUAUUAUCUCAUUUUGGAUUUGGUGACAGCAGCAUGUCUCAGAAAAGUUGGUGAAGGGCAAACGAAAUUCAAGUUACAACAAUUUCUGGUACAUAAAUAGCUGGUGGGACAUUUUUCAGAUAAUUUGGCAACAGGUCAGUAAAAUGACACAGUCUGAAAACAUGUGAAGCCAAAAAUAUGACAAAGAAGACAAAGAAUCUUAUAUCAAAUAAGAAUGGGAAAACAUUCCUCUCCCACGAGUCCAGCAACAGUUCUCCUGAGUUCCCACAUGUUUACAGACUUAGGGGAAGCUACACAGCAUAAACGUGGCUCUCUUCCAACUUUUUUGUCAUGCAGAGAUGUGUUGCUGUAGUCAAUUUCAAAAUGAGCUAAUAUCUUUUUCUUAAAAAGCCACAUUUUUCUCAGUUUAAGCAUUGAACGUGUAUCCUCUUGUUAAUUAAAUAUGGGUUUAUGAGAUUUGCUUAUCACUGCAUUGUUUUUGUUUGCAAUUUUCACAACGUUCCAGCUUAUUUGGAAAUGGGUUUGUAUUUUUCAGAUGUAAUUUUGUGACAAAUCACUAUUCGCUACCUGCCUAAUCAAACACUAGAUUCACUAUCCACCAAAUUCAAUUCGCACGCCCUGUGUUUUAACCACUUAAAACGUAAGCUAUUAUAAAGAAUAAUGUACAUCUUGACUUUCAUAAUAAAAGCUAAUACUUUAAAUAACUAAAAACACUGUCGUCGGGUUUUUCGGCACCAUUUGUUUAGGAUUUGAUUGUCUUAUAAAUAAAGCCUAGCAACAGCGCUGACUAAGGAAGGGUAUCUUCUUAUGCAAAUCAUAGGAUUUGAAAUCAUAGGGCUGCUUGCCACAUUUCCAACAGUUUCACAUCUAGUUAGGGUCUUUAAACACUUACAAAUUGGUUUUGAUCAAACACAAAUCUACGCCUGGAGACUGGCGUAGUUUUGUGUCCUUUUUGGGAAGAAUACAUCUUCCAAUGUUUUUUAUCAUUAUUAUUAUUAUUUUAGUUGCCAUUUGUAUAGGCACAAAAUCUUGGGUUAUUAGAAAUGCAAAAAAAAAAUAGUUAAGCACUGGGCUGCUUCUAGAAAAUCUUUAUUCUAAGGUUAAAAGGGGGAAAAAACUAGUGUGUCAUACCCAUUGAAUUGAAUUAAGCUCUCAGUCACCAUAGAGAUAUGACACAGUUACCUCAGAGUCCUCAGGCACCAUAUAAUCAGACGAGAUGGUCACCAGGCUAGCACAAACAACAGCGAGCACUCUCCUCAUGUCUAGGUACUGCUGACAGAUGAACACUUUGUGCUCAGGGCAGAGCUGGGCUGGAAAAAAGCAGAGGAUAUCUAUUUCACACACUAAUUGACUCACCCACCCUGCCCUCUGUCUUUGCUCCUUCAAGCUACCAAGUAACCAAGCAUGAAAGGCCUGAGAGCUUACAGUUCGAAGCAAUCUUGCACUGGCAUCCCCAACCUGUUGAUGAAAUGGAGGUUUAUGGGGUUAUGGACCAGGCUUUCUAUAGCUCCUUUCUACUCCUUUCUGAGAACUCAAGCACUUUCUUCUACUAAGUGUCAAUCACAUUAUCAUACAUGCACAUAGUGGUUUUAUCUAUACAAAAGCACUUUUAUCUAACUCACUCACACUCCGAUGGAUACAUCAGGGAAAACUUGGGGUUUAGUAUCUUGCCCAUCUUGCUCUUUGAGACAUGGGGAACACAGAAAUAUCUGGGGAUUGAUCUGACCAGACAGUCUGCUAUCCAACUACUAACCAGGCGCUAACAUUUUCCAAAAUCCGACAAGAUCGGAUUAGUUUUAUUCAACUUUUAAGAAAUAUACUUUUGGCACAGGAAAUGAUCAAAUAAAGAGCCACAGACCAAAUAGUUUUCAUUGUGUCAUAAUAAAGUUUGAUUUCCCUCUGAUCUAUAGAGAGAGCCCAAGCUGUUUUUUGAUACUGCAUUUUGUAAGUGACCCCACUGAUUGUGGCCACAGCAGAUUCACUCACUAUGAGUCACAGCAUAGAUAGAAGAGCUAGAUUGCUUAGCUGUCAGCCGCUGAGGCAGAUAAAAGACAGACUGUGGCUACAGCCAUGGUUGUACUUUGGUUCUUAUGAUUACGCAUAUGACACAUUAGCUUAUAAUGAGUGUUGCACUACGUGCAGAGGUUUUAUGACGUAUGGAGUGAAAAGCAUGAUUGUGCUAACUAGGCAUUGUAUUAAACUACUGUGUUCUUUAACGGCUUAGGUGGAUUGGUAGCAAAUCUUUCACAUGUAAUGAGAAUAACUUUUGUGGCUAACAUGCAGGUUAAUGCCAACAGGACCACUGAAGGACAGUCACAGCACAACACACACUGAACCGAAGUUACAUGUGCUUGAAUGAUAUUGAUGUGGAUUGUGCUUUGAUCAGAGCCACCAGUGCACAUUUAAAAUGCCACAAAGGCUGGUGCAACCGUAAGUGAAAAUAUCACGAGGGCCCCCUCACUGAAAAAAAGCAUGCAAAAAUAAGAACAGGUUAAAACCAAAGUCAGAAAAAUCAGCCGUGUCUAUGUUGAAAGAUCAAAUUAAAAAUGAUAAUAAUGGUUUACAAGUGCAAUGCCGGAGGGUGAAAUUUCACUGCAUGAGUCAUCAGUGCUCUUAAUACCUCAGGGGGAGCAACAGAAUCAAACUCCUUUGUUUACAAGCAUCAAUAAAUUGAAGACUUUGAGCAUGUGAAGCAAUAACUUCCUGAAAAAGUCAUGGACACACGAGGAGAAUGUGGGUGUUUCUGACAGCAAGUCUGAAUUUGGAUGAGCCAAAUUUUCAAAAAUAAAAUCUGUUCACAUCAAGAGCACAGUGUCGUGCCUCAGACACCACAUGAUCAACGUAAGCCAGAAAACAGGUUCUCAGAUACUAGCAGGAGAAUGUGGGGUUCAGAAUCAAGGGCUUCAAGUACCUCUGGAACAGCCACAUGUGUUGAAGCAGAAGCUUAUAUGGCUGCUCUUCUUGCUCCAAGACUGUUUAUAGCCAAAUAUCAUUUAGUCCCACAAUAACAGGAAAUAGGAAAAAGAAAUGAGCGAUUCAAGUGUUGACAACAGCCUCACUUACUCUUAUAAACCCCCUUCUCAAGUCAAUAAGAGCCUCAAGAAGCCAUGUGCAAAGCAGCGUGUUCAAUAGAUGUAAUUAUAAGGUAUCCUAUUUCAACAAUAUAGAGAGCGAGGAUCUAACGGCCUUGCUGCUGUUCAUUCUUAUGGUUGAGGAGAAUGUUGAAGUCCAAACUGUCUGUGAGUCUCAUAUGAGAGGGUCUAUGUUCCUGGCAGGGCUCUGCUGGGCUGUUUGUGAUUGAAUGAAUUUAGGAGGCAUUAAAACACAAAGCUGGAUGUUGAGAUCUCAGUUUGGUACUGGCUGGCAUUGGAAGUAAUAAUCAUUUAAAGUCUCAAUCAUGAAAUUAUGGCCAGAAUAUUCAAGUUCUUUGUAAUUGAAGCGUUUUGUUGUUUCGUUUUUUUAAACCUU